GCUUAUCGCAAUAAAAUCAAUAAGGGUUAAGCUUUGAUAUUAAUUUUUUUUGGCUGUUCCAAAAGUGUAUGACAUUCAACGACGAAAUUGGAGUAUUACCUUACAUGAACUUUGAAGAGAAACAUCUACAUUUACUGUAAAGAAACAUGAAGUAGAAUGUAUUUGAGGAAACCCUACAAACUUAUACUUGGAUUACCUUGGCUUUGGAUAAUAGUUUUCAACGGAUAUUUCACGAUACAGGCUGAAACCAAAGAAUGCAACUUCGAUGAAUUGUGUGCAUAUGGUAAUGUUUCAAAAGAAGUUUGUAUAAGCAGAGGCUGCUGUUUUGCUGAAAAAGAAGACGUAAUAUCAACUUGCUUCCAGAAUUUAAAACAUUUGCCAUACCACGCUACAAUACCAACAACAACAACAACAAAAUACAAGAUAGAAAAAUUUGGAGAAAUAAUACCUGAUGACGGAGUAAAACUUCCAUACAACCUCGAAAAGACUAUGGUGAACUUGACGAAUUUGACAAAACGUAGUGCCAUUGAAGCAAUCAAUGAGCUUGAGAGAUAUUUCCGAGAAAAAUCAAUAGAAGAAAAUAGCAAUGUAGACUGGGAUCAUGAAAUUACAAAUGUAUUUAAUACACUUGUUAAGGUAAAUCCGAAUUCCAUUUUUGAGGUGAUAAAGUUUGCAAGCGGAACUGAAAUUCAGCUAAAACAGCACUGGGGAACACUCGAAAAUGGCACUGUUCGAAAUAUAUCUAAAGCAAUAUUUGCUGAAUAUCCUACUUUAAUAUCCGUUUUCAGAAAAGAGCAAGGUCCAAGAUCAGAUGAAUGCAGAAUAACAGAGAAAUAUAUGGACGAUUCGCCGGUGAUUUCCAUCAAUACGUAUGACGAAGAUUGGAACAAAUUGUCUGUUCCUGUUGUUUAUACUGUAAAAAACUUGAACACUACAACACCUUUUCUACCAGAGGAUAUGUCCGCAGAUCUCUCUUGCACAUAUUUGGAUGAACUUGUUCGAAAAUGGAAUCUUUCGGGUUGUGCUGUCACAUCUGUAAACAACAGUGAAAUGACAUGCUCAUGUAAUCAUACUACAAAAUUUUCAAUGCUUUUUGUUAUAAAUGUCAUAGAACUCAACAUAACACGACAUCACAUGGACUAUAUUCAGUCAUUGGAAUACAUCAUGGAAAGCCUAUCGUUAGCGUGUCUCAUCGCCACAUUUGGUGUUCUAUGGUUGGUGCAAAGGAGGAGAUCAAAAGCAUCAUCUGUAUCAAGUAUGCGAUCCGUUGAACGGACAACAGUACACGCGAAUUUUGUUGCUGCCUUGGCGUUUUUGCAUCUUGUGCGCUUGUUGAGCGAACUGGCACAACAAGAAGAUAUGGCAUGCAGAGUUGUUGCAGUGUUAAGCCACUACUUCAUGUUAGCAAGUGGGAUGUGGAUGUUGAUAGAAGGAAUGCUACUUUAUUUAAAUGUAAUUAUACGAAGUAUGAAGAAUACGGCACUCGGAGUUCAUAAAUACUGGACAGGAUGGGGAAUUCCUGCUGUAAUUGUGUUUAUAUCUGCGAUGAUUGGCUUUCUUCAAAACAUUUACCUCGACAGACCCGUGGUUGAAACUUGUCAGGAAGAAGAGGGCGUAGAAAAAACGCCAUUAUUCACGAAGACUUAUCAAUCGUAUUGUUGGCUGAAUAAGAAAGACGGGAUGAUUUGGGCAGCAACUGGGCCUCUCAUAUUUAUAUUUUCAGUUAAUAUUUUCAUACUCGCUCACACAGUUAUAUUUGUUUGGAGAUUAAAUCGAAAAACUGAUACAAUGAUGCCUUCGGACAGCAAUCGGGAUAGCAAACAUUUUUGGAAAACAGCAAAAAGCAUCUUGGUACUCUUCCCCAUAUUAGGAGCACCGUGGCUUAUUGGAUUUCUCAUCAACACUGAACAAACGUUACUCAAUGUGAUUUUUCAAUACAUACAUGUCAUUUUAAACGGAUUGCAAGGAUUCUUUAUUUUUCUUCUCUACUGUGUUGUAAACAGAGAGUCUCGGGGAAUUGUUACAAGAGUUGCAAGUAAUCGAUGGGAACAACAUAAAGUGAGUAUAUCUGCGUCAAACACACUCGCAAGAUCAACCUCUGGAGGGAGUAGAAGAACUCGUGGACAUCGUAAAAGUAUUAGUAGUCAAAUGGGUGCAAGUGAGCUAAACGCUACAGGAACUCCCGUGUACACAAGGAGACCGAGUAACGUUAGAAGCAUUGGAAGUGCAGCUAGUCAGUAUUCAAUUUACACGUCAUCGAUGAAUAGAAAACAAAGCUCCGGUUCUGGAUCAACAUCAUUAAGCGGAUGCGCUCAUAGAAUCAACAGAAUUAUCCCAACGGGGCCCAAUGACAUGAUACGGCAUACGUCCGGGUACUAUAUGAAAGCUGGCUGUAGUGCAAGUUUGCCCAGAUUGGGAAAAAUUGAAAGAUAUUCGAGACUUGUUAGAAGCGGAAGUGUUUCUUCAAUCAAUAUGCUGGGUCGACAAUCUAUAUACACAUCUGGGCGAUAUGCUGUUUAUCGGCAAGAUCCUGAACUUGCCACAAACUACAUCUGCAAAGCUUGUAAAGAUAUGCCUUGUGUACAUGCUGCAUCAGACGUUGCCGGAUUGCAAGAAGUUCAAGAUUCCGGAACUGACGCGGUUUUGGUUGGAUAUAAAAGAACAUCAAGUUUGGAUAGUUUACAUGCAAUGGAUGCUUAUCAGCCAAACAGGUGGCCACGUCGAAUGACGGCGGAAGAAUUUAAGCGGUUUUCUGCAAUUCCAGAAGAAAAACGAAGAAGUGGGAUCAAUUCAUUCAUUCAAGGAGAUAGCACUGAACACUUGUCUAAUAGAAUUUCCAUGCUUUCAUCGUUCAAAGGUGAAGAUAUUGAAAUGAAGGAAAUGCACAAAACAAAAGUAGAAGUUGUUGUGGAAGAAGUUCCCCCAGGCGACCAAGUUAAUAACGAAUAUUACAUAAAAAAGGAUGCUCUACACUCACCAAAUUCGAACUCAGAAACUCUUGUAACGGUGCCAGUAAUUAAUGCCACAUCCACUGAUAUUCAAAAUAAAAAUAUUAACAUGAUUGAUGAUGAGUUAGGUAAACAGCAACUAAAUAUAGAGUCAAAAGUAGAAGAAAAUCAACAACCUUCAAGUAUUCUAUGCGAAGAUGAAAUAAAAACUGAAGCCGUCUACAAUGAAACUGAAUUGGGUCCAUUAGAACGAUUGCGCAGAGAGGAAUUGAAGUUAACUGAUUGAGUUUUUAAAUAUUGUACUUGGUGUUUCCAUUUUAUUUUAUUCUGGAUUUUUAUAAACAUUGGAGCACUUUAUUAUUUUUAUACGUGAUCAUUCAUUACACGAAAGCGUUAAUCACAACACAACUUUCUGACUUUUGCAAAUGAAUAGAAAAUGUCAGCAGUAU